AAAUGAGCACUGUACACUAAUGAGUAGAAUCAAUAAGAACGUGAUUUUGGCCCUCUUAACGUUGACAAGUUCUGCGUUUCUGCUGUUUCAGUUGUACUACUACAAGUACUAUUUGUCAGCAAAGAAUGGAGCUGGCUUAUCAAAAUCCAAAGGAAGCCGAAUUGGAUUUGAUAGCACACAGUGGCAUGCAGUUAAAAAAUUUAUUAUGCUAACAUCCAGCCAAAAUGUACCAGUAUUCCUAGUUGAUCCAUUGAUUCUGGAAAUGAUUAAUAAAAACUUUGAACAAAACAAAAAUACUUCGUAUGGGACCGUUUCAGACUGCAAGUUUUUCUGUGUUCCAAGAGACUUUACUGCAUUUGCACUCCAAAAUCACCUCUGGAAGAAUGAGGAAGGCUGGUUUCAGAUAGCCGAGGAUAUGGGAUUUCAGUGCCUAAAGAUUCAGAGCAAAGAUCCCCGGCUAGAUGGAAUAGAUUCACUUUCUGGAACCGAAAUCCCCCUGCACUAUAUCUGCAAAUUGGCCACUCAUGCCAUCCACUUGGUGGUCUUUCAUGAAAGGAGUGGCAACUACCUCUGGCAUGGCCAUCUACGACUCAAAGGACAUAUUGACAGGAAAUUUGUUCCUUUUCGAAAGUUACAGUUUGGUCGUUAUCCUGGAGCUUUUGACAGACCAGACUUACAACACAUUACCAUUGAUGGAUUAGAAGUUCAAAUUCCAAAAGAUCCAGUGCACUUUCUUGAAGAAAUACCACACUCUAGGUUUAUUGAGUGUCGGUAUAAAGAAGCUCGAGCAUUCUUUCAGCAGUACCUCGAUGAUAACACUGUGGAAGCUAUGGUCUUUCGGAAGAGCGCAAAGGAAUUGUUGCAAUUGGCAGCCAAAACAUUAAAGAAACUGGGAGUACGAUUCUGGCUGAGCAGUGGCACUUGUCUGGGAUGGUAUCGGCAAUGCAACAUUAUUCCUUAUAGCAAAGAUGUUGACCUAGGAAUUUUUAUACAAGAUUACAAAUCUGAUAUUAUUACAGCAUUUCAGGAUGCAGGACUUCCACUCAAACACAAAUUUGGGAAGGUAGAAGACAGCUUGGAACUAUCUUUCCAGGGGAAAGAUGAUGUAAAACUUGACAUAUUUUUCUUCUAUGAAGAGACUGACCAUAUGUGGAAUGGAGGCACUCAGGCCAAAACAGGGAAAAAAUUUAAAUACCUGUUUCCCAAGUUUACACUGUGCUGGACUGAAUUUGUAGACAUGAAGGUACACGUGCCUUGUGAAACCAUUGACUACAUUGAGGCCAACUAUGGUAAGACCUGGAAGAUUCCUGUGAAGACGUGGGACUGGAAGCACUCGCCCCCCAAUGUGCAGCCCAAUGGAAUCUGGCCUAUUUCUGAGUGGGAUGAGGUUAUCCAGUUAUACUGAGACACUAGAUUGAAACUGAAGAAUUCCUUUCCUGAAAAAGGUAGUUAGCUGUUUAAAAGAAUACAUAGAUAUUUGUCAAAUAUAAGAGACAGCCAAA